AUGCUUAGGUUGAAGGACGAUUAUAACCAGUCGAUGGCGGCCAUGGAAAAGUAUCUUUUGCGAUAUUCAAAACCAAAUAAUUAUGCUUUUAUUGGCGAAUUGCAAGGCGGUGAUACGUUUUCGCCAAAGAUGGAUCACUUGGCUUGCUUCAUUGCUGGCACUUUGGCGCUGGGAAGUAUGAAUGGUUUCCCUCCAAGGCAUCUGGAACUUGCAAAAGAUAUCGGAAAAGGAUGUCAGAAAAUGUACCAGACUAAAACUGGCUUGGGUCCUGAAAUCAUUCACUUCAAUACGGAUGCUGGAAAUUCGCGGGAUAUUUCGAUCAAAGCUUUAGAUGCGCACAGUCUGCUACGGCCAGAAGCCAUUGAGGCAUGGUUUUAUCUUUAUCGUGCUACCGGUGAUAAAAUGUACCAGCAUUGGGGAUGGGAAGCAUUCAGUGCUAUCGAAACCUAUGCAAAACUUGACGUUGGUUACUCCUCUGUGAAUAAUGUGAAGCGAUAUCCUGUAACACAUCGAGAUAUGAUGGAAUCGUUCUUUUUGGCGGAAACGCUCAAAUACCUGUACCUCUUGUUCGAUGACGACAAAACGGACAUUCCGCUCGACAAAUAUGUGUUCAAUACGGAAGGCCAUCCUUUGCCAAUUUACGAUCACUGA